AUGCUAUCGCUGAAGGCGUCCAGGGCGGACAACUUCUACUACGGUAGUGUGGAGGACGAGCGCACCAAGAAGAAGAAAGAGGAGGAAAAAAAAAAAAAAAACAAAAAGGAUUAUAACGAAAUAAAAUUUGAAGUACCAUACACCAUUAUAUGUACUAAAUGCAAAUCGUAUGUCUACAAAGGGGAAAGGUUCAACAGUGAAAGGAGACAAGUGGGGUUCUACUUGAGUACCCCAUUUUAUUCCUUCACUUUUACAUGCAAGAAGUGCCCAAAUGUAAUUGUCUUUGAGACCAACCCAAAGGACUGCUCCUACGAUAUCAUCCAGGGAGCCAGAAAAAAAAACGAGCAGUUCGAAAAUGUCCUCACGGAGCAGGGACGCAAUAAUGUUAACUCCAUCGAUUUUGAAAAAAACAAAAAAAAAAAAAUAAAUCCUUUUCUGCUGUUAGAAGCUGAGGCCCUCCGGAAGAAGGGGCGCGAAGGUGAACAGGCUAACCGCCAGGGUGCAGAACAAGACACACCAUCGGGGGAAAGGCCACUUGGUUCAGAUGACACAUCACAUGAUGAACUUCCCACCGAUCACUCCUCAGGAGGUGAACUCCCCAACGAGGAGCAGUCGAACGGGGAGGAUGACCCCCCAAGUGAAGAAUACAUGAACGACGUUAUCAAACAAAACUACCGAAGGAACCAUAUUAUGAAAAACGACUUUUCUUGUAAUAGUAACUUGAGAAAGCAAUUGAGGGAUAUAAAGAGGGCAAAAAUUCAGGAGCUUCAAGAGCGCAAGCGGAAAAAUCUUUUUAUUGACAUUGUGGAAGGGGACCCCCUCGAGGAGGUACUCGUAAAGAAGUAUGUGCGCUAUGGGGAGAAGCUCAGACGGGGCAGAGGCACCCAGGGGAAGGACACCCAGAGAGAGGGCAUCCUUGCCAGUGGUAACCAUAGUAAGGAUCGCCCAGGGAUUGAUCCUCCCAUUAAACGGAAACUUGCAAAGAGUAACUUGAUAAAAAAAAAGAAGAGUAGCAUAUUUGACCAGAAGUAUCUGAAAAAGGGGAAGUAG